CACAAGUGUGCUGGCAGCCUCCAAAACCUAAGCACCUAAGCAGCGAGGAGUUUCCGGUUCGGUCUUUCCCAAUUCGCGAUUUUAAGUAUGGCAAGCAGUGUUAGCAAUUUGGCCAGCACAGUGGCCACUGCCACGACUGCUACCUUGGAGGACCUCCACUUCAGCCUCACGGACUACAUAGUCUUCUCCCUGAUGCUGAGCGCCUCGGCAGGAAUUGGAGUUUACUUCGGCUUCUUCUCGAAGGCCAAGAACACCACUGAAGAGUACCUGCAGGGUGGAAAAAGGAUGCCAACCCUUCCUGUAGCCAUUUCCCUUGUCUCGAGCCAGCUGUCUGGAGUGGCCAUGAUGUCCGUUCCGGCGGAGACUUACUCCUUUGGAUUCAAUAUGAUCUUCGUGGUGUGGGCCAUGGUCUUGUCUGUGCCCGUUCUUAUAUAUAUCAUUGUGCCCGUUUUCUACGAUAAUAAUGUCUCCAAUUGCUACGAGUAUCUUGAGUUGCGAUUUAGCAAGCGCACACGACAAUUGGUGACCAUCACCUUUAUCCUCAACCAAUUUCUGAUGCUUCCCGUGUACAUGUUUGUGCCCUCGCUGGCCUUUUCUCAAGUUACUGGAUACAACAUUCAUCUGAUUAACACGGUGGUCUCGUCCAUCUGCGUUUUCUACACGAUGCUUGGCGGGAUCAAGGCGGUUGUCUGGACAGAUGUGGUCCAGGGAAGCGUUAUGUUGAUCUCAGUUGUUCUAGUGGCCAUUUUGGGUACCUCGAACACAGGAGGCAUAACCAAUGUCUUGGAAAACGCCGCUGAGGGGGGCCGUUUUGACUUUAGUUUUGGCAUCGAUCCCCGCCUGCGCCUCACCUUCAUCAGUGGAAUGGCCAGCGGCCUUCUGAUGUGGACAGGUAAGCUUGGCCUUGACCAGAGCUGCGUCCAGAGGAUUGUGUCUUUGCCCUCGUAUGGCCACGCCAAGAGGUGUCUGCUUAUGGCUGGCGUUGGCUUCCUACUCAUCAUGUCCUUUACCUGCUUCACCGGAAUCAUCAUGUUUGCCUACUACUACGGAUGCGAUCCCAUUCAGGCUGGACUGGUCAGCAAGCCAGACAAGUUGAUGCCGUUCUUCAUCCAGGAUAUAAUGGGUCACAUGAUGGGCAUGCCCGGCGUCUUCAUCUCCUGCGUUUUCAGUGCCUCGCUGAGUUCCCUUUCUGCCAGUCUGAAUUCCUUUGCCGGAGUGGUUUACUUCGACUACAUCAAGCCGCGAAUCAAUCACUCCGAAGCCAAAGCUAAUGCAACUAUGAAACUGGUGAUUGUGGUCAUGGGAGCGUACUGCAUAGUGGGCGGCUUCAUCGUGCAGAACUUUAACUCCAUUAUUCAGACCAUGUGGACGAUUACCGGCAUUAAUAUGGGCGCUGUCGUGGGAGUGUUUUGUCUGGGCAUGUUUGUGCCGCGUUGCAAUGCCAAGGUGGCGGUGAGUGGAAUUGCCUUCAGCUGCCUGGUGAUGCUGUGGAUCAUCAUCAAUGGCCAGAUGAACUUUAAGGCUGGGCUGAUUAAGUACGAUCCCUUGCCUAAUGGGCUGGACCAGUGCGAGGCCAAGGGCUUCGAGGUCAUCUUGAAUGCGAUAAGAAACAAGAAUGUUACCAACGUUGGCACAACUGCGAUUCCCUCGCUGGAAGCUCCCAAGGAACUUACCACCGCAUUCGAUAGCAAUCGCGACUUUUCCAUCUACGACACAUCUUUUUACUGGUACAAGGUCCUAGGUGCUCUUCUAGUCUUCGCGUGGGCCAUUCCCAUGAGCUAUGUGUGGCCCUUGGACAAGGAAGAAAAGCAGAACCCCAAGCUCUACUCGCCAUUCGUGCGUAGCAUGUUGAACAAGCCAAGUCCAGUUUUGGAGCUCGAGGAAUUGCCUCUGAAGACGCCGCUUUCCGAAGAGCAAAUCAAGGAGAAGGAAAACGGCAGCGCAACAGAAGCUUAGUAUUACCACAUCUGUACAUUUGCAUUCGAAUUUUUAAGUUUGAAUAGGAAUUGGCGAAUAAGCAUAAUAAUGAAAUGCUUACAGUUCUAAUAAGAUUGCUUUAAUAUUUAGUAACGACUAUUUCUGAAAUAAAAUGACAUGUUUAUGAAUUAGACUUU